CCUAUCUUCUUUUCUUGACUGUCAGCAACAUGUGAAUUUUUUGACAACACAGGACACAGAAUAUUGAUACUGUUGCACCACUUUCUAAGUUCUAAUAUGUGAAAUUAUUUUCAUUGUUUGCUUGUUCCUUUGAAGGAGAUGAAUUGGCUAAGUUUAAGCACAAAUUUAAUCACUGGUUAGUGAUAGUCAACAAUACCUAAGCAUGUACAAUAUUGUUCUGGCUAAUAAUAACUUUUUCAGAAUGCGUGUGUGUAUAGUGGGAGGAGGACUGACCGGGGCCAUUGCAGCAUCGCUGCUUAGGAGUUCACUGCCAGCCUUACACAUUGAACUCUGGGACAAAGCAUCCAGAUUUGGUGGACGAAUGUGCACAAAGCGUAAGCCCUCAGAACCUCGAGUGAGCGGUGUAGAUGUGGGGGCUCAGUACAUCUCUUCCACUCCUGAAUACUAUGCUGCACAUAAGAGCUAUUACUCUGACUUGGUAGCACGAGGAGUGCUGCAGCCGAUGACGUGUAGGAUCACUGAUGACCGCCAUCCUCCAGACACUCGUCACUUUGUCGCCCCUAACGGCAUGUCUUCAGUAGUCCAGCACUUUGUUGACAAGGCGGCGUGCACUGCCAGGCUGGGCACCCAAGUGCGGGACCUGCAGUACGAGUGGGACAAGUGUGAGGGCAAGAGCAGGUGGAGAGUCGCUGCGGCUGACGGGGAAGUGGUGCUCUUCGAUGCCGUCCUGUUGACUCUGCCUGUGCCACAGAUGCUGGCACUCGGGGGAGAUUUGACCGCCGCCAUAGACAAGGUGGCAGGUCUGCGCAGUGAGCUGGAGGCAGUGAGCUAUAGUUCUCGCUUCUGUCUUGGGCUUUUCUACCCGGCCUCUGUCGCUGACCAGAUUAUUCUGCCUGAGGGCGUGGCCGCCAUGUACAUCACCAACUCUGACUCUCCGUUCUGUUAUGUCGCCAUCGACAACCUGAGGCGAGGACUGGCCGCUGGUGAUGAUGGCUUCCUAAGCGUUAUGGUGCACACGUCGCGCGCCUUUGGGGCAGCGCGCGUGGAGGAGCAGAAGGAGGCGCUGCUGCCUGAGCUCCUCGACAGCUUCAGGCGCCUCUUCCCGAGCUGGCCUGCUCCGUGCGACGCCUUCUGCCACAAGUGGCGCUACUCGCAAGUGGUGACGCCGGUACCGGAGAGCAGAGGUGGCAGUGUUGCUGUAGGGGGCGGUGAGGUGGUGCUGUCAGGCGACGCCUUCACGCACUCCAACGUAGACGGCUGCAUCAGAGCCGCCACAAGCGCUGCUGCUGCGCUCACUCAAUACGUCGCUGGUCUCAAAACGGCUGAUAAAUAAUUAGUAGAUUGAAUAUUAGUAGUUAGAAUGUUCCCCGUACUUUGAAUAUUCCCAAUUUAUUGUUAUUGUUACCUCUUCUGCUUAUAAAAACCAGUUUCGUAAUUGACUAUCGUUACACAGUCGCCAGACUCUAGCAAGAGAUCAAGAAUACGUUCAACUAAUUGGAGUUUGCACCUAAUGUUGCUUGUGUCUUACAGUAACCAGUCAUGUUGUUGGAUAUCUUUACUAGUGCUAGCUAUCUUUCGAGAUUUGCGCGUUCUACUACAUCUAUUUGAGUACUUCUCAUUAAAACUACAAUGAAGAAAAUUGAAUUGUUAUCAUUUGUUAUGAACGAAUAUUGUUGAUUUCUCAUUUAUGUAACCUUCAGAGUUGCUGGAGGUUAAAGAUAAAAUUGCUAAAGCAGACCGUGGUUGACAGUUGGAUUGGAAACGAAUUCUAUUUCAGAUGACUUGUA